UCAGGAGAGGUUUGUUGCUGCUUUAUUGGUGUGCACCCGCAGCCUUGUAAGGGGAAGUUCUUCAGAAUCGGUCACUUAUGGAUUCUAGGGAUAAUUUCCUUUGUUUCAGAUGAAACAUCUGGCAACAUCGAGCUGUUUUGUCCUCACAUAUUUAGAGCACGGUGGGGAUCUCAAACCAGCAUCUUCUGUGUUUAUUCACCCGCUCCGUCACCCCGAGAGGCCAGAUCUCCUGGAGAUGGCAGACUCAACUCCAACACACCAUGGCAACUUUCCACAAAGGCGACCCACCCUAUUUCCACGGGGAGUCAGGAGAGGAGCGCGGCUGGCACUGGAGGCCGUGUCAUACGAGACUGGUCCAAGUCUGGCAACCACAGCCGAGGGGCCAACCUCCUCAGCAGAACACCUCAGCAGAUCUGGAUUCUGUAAGAUGGAAGAAGAGGAAAACCGGUCUUACAACGGGGAAACCAGAACCGACCCUCCAACUCAGAAGCGGGGACGUCCCACUGAUAAAAGUGUGAAGGCUCUCCUGCAGAGAAUCAGGAUUCCCCCAGAGGCCCGGAGGAUUCUGGGUGACUCCUGCAUAGCCGUGGUGAGCCUGGAGCGCCUGAACUUCCAGUCUGUGACGGUGUCGUCUCUACAGCCGGUGGUGUCUCUGGUGCGACUGCCAUGGCAACUACAAGCUGAGCUCCACCAGGACACGUCCCUCAGUUGUCCAGAACAGGGUGAAGUCGAUAUUGUACAGACAAAAGAGGAAUCUAUCAAUUCUGAUUCAUCAGAGAGGGCCGAUGAGCCAGAAACAAGCCCAACAUCCUGGACUGAGCCCUACUGUCCUGACAGCUGCUCGUACCAGGAGCCGGAGCAGGACUCGGGCUUCGACUGCGAAUCCAACCCCGAUCAGCCUCUGAUCCUGUGCGACUCUGAAUCUGAGGACGGGGAGAGCGACCUGGGAACCUUUUAUCUGGACCCGGACCCCGAGCAGGCCGUGGUGAUCGAGAUCGAUCCGGAAGCGGGGCAGGAUCCAGACCUUCAGCUGGAGGACGAGCCCGAGCUCAAAAGCGAGGCCGACGCUCUGGAAAUGAACCAAGGAGAUGCGAGAUCGGGGGGCUGCCUCUCGCCCGAGCGGCCGUCUGGAGCCGGGGCGGAGGCCGGGGACAUGGAGAGCGAGGACUUUUGUGGCGUUUGCCUGAACGGAGGAGAUCUGCUCUGCUGUGACCGCUGCCCCAAAGUCUACCACCUCUCCUGCCAUCUACCUCAGCUCAAUAGCUUCCCACUAGGAGACUGGGCGUGUACACUGUGCAGAACUGAUCAGGAUCCCGCAGAGGGCUACGACUGUGAGAGCAUGCACUCCUGUGGGGGGGUCAAAGUGCCCUACACGCUGUCUGACCAGGACCAGAGGAGGUGUGAGAAGUUGUCUCUGCUGUUGUUCUGCCACGCCCUCAGCGCUCCCUUCCACGAACCCGUCAGUCCUCUGGCCCGGAACUACUACCAGAUCAUCAAGAGGCCAAUUGACCUGUCAGUGAUCCGCAGGAAACUGGACCAGAGCAACACUCUGCAUUACUUCACGGCCGAGCAGUUUGUGGACGACGUCCUGUUGAUGUUCAAGAACUGCGCCGUUUUCAAUUACCCGGAUUCAGAGGUGGCCCACGCCGGCCGAAACCUGGAAGUGUUCUUCUUGAGUAAGCUGAGGGAGACUUUUCCUGACCGGAUAUUCCCAUCAGCAAGCCAGGACCGGAUGGACAGAGCUCGCCUCCGGUGGCUGAACAGGAGGAGGAUAGAAAACUACCGAAGAAAAAGACAUGUCUUCCGUGACAAAAAAUAUGUCCUAUAAGCUACAUGCAGUCAGUUUCUGUUUUGUUAAAGGACAUUUUCCUUUUUUUUUUGCACUAAUCAAUUGUGAUAUCUCAGGCGUUUUUACCCCAAAACUCAGA